UAACUGGCGUGAGACACUCACUUUCCCGUGGUGCUCGGUUAUAAAAGGGGACUCAAAUGGACCGAUUAUAAACCUGCAGCUUUUUCUAGAACUGCUCCCUGCCAAACAUUUAGUGUGGCUGUGGGCGUUUACGUGAGCACGUGAAGGCGUCACGUUCGGGUCCGUUUAGCUCCGUCCGCUGCUCCCUGACAGUUGAAGAGGACACACCGAGGCACGAAGCAGCGAGGAAGACAAAAUGAAGGACGUCAAUAUUCUGCGGAUUCUCGUCAUAAUCCUGUGUGCGGUGGUUUUUGUUGCCGUUUUAGUCUUUAACGCUUUGGCCGGAGCGGGCAAAGGUCCCUUUCAUACUUCUACAGGAAAUGUAUCAGCCCGCUAUGAGACAGGCAUCACUCCAGCUGGCUGGACCUUCUCCAUCUGGGGUGUUAUCUAUACCUGGCUCACCCUGAUGGUGAUUUAUAUCACUUCAUACACAUGCAGAGGAUCCUGGGCUCAGUGUCUGCUGCCCUACGGCUUCCAUAUUUGCUGGCUCUCCAACAUGGUGCUGAACAUUAUAUGGCUCCUGCUGUGGGACGCAGAGAUGAUGCUGGCGUCUUUGGUCGUUUUAAUCCUGAUAGCGGUUUCCGGCUACAGCGCUCUGUUCUUCUGUUGCUUUGCCACAGAUUACUAUGGACUCUGGUUACAGACAUACCAUCGCAAAGACCUGACCUUUCUCAGAGUACUGGUCCAAAAUGGUUUGGCUGUCUACGCUACAUGGACUUCUAUCGCCUCUCUGAUCAAUUUCUCUGUAGUUCUCCACCUGUGGGGUGUGGAUAAGAGCACGGCAGCAACUGCGUCACUGUGCAUCCUGUUUGCAGAGGUGGUGGCAUGGUUCAUUCUGGAGAACUGGGUGCUGGACCGCUGGGUGCGCAACAUCCUCACAAUCUACCCGGUGGUGAUCGUGGCUCUGGUCGGAAACGUCUACAAGCACUUCAACCCAGCUGAUCCCACUCCAAACGCCAUCUUUAUGGUUGUGCUGUUGGUCGUGGCGUGCAUCCUUUUCGUGUCCAGAUUCUUCACGGUGCUCUGGAGGAACAAGUGGCGCCCCCUCCACUCCCCGGGCUCAGCACGGCUAAUGGUGUCACCCCUCGACGGCAGGACGUUCAGGGUCCUUUCUUAAACGAAACUCGUGCCUCCCCAGACCCACUGAGUUACAUGUUCACACCACCUCCACAGUCAUGUUUGAAGGUA